AUGCAAGUGUUGGGUUACUGCCCUGAGCUGUCCUACAACAUGGCGCUGUGCUGUUAUGCGGCCAAGCAGUAUGCCCCUGCCCUCAAACACAUCUCCGAUAUCAUAGAGCGCGGCAUCCACCAGCACCCAGAGCUCAGCGUGGGCAUGACCACUGAGGGCAUUGAUGUCCGCAGCGUAGGCAACACUCUGCUCCUGCACCGCACGGCCCUGGUGGAGGCCUUCAACCUCAAGGCGGCCAUUGAGUACCAACUGCGCAACCUGAAAGCGGCCCAGGAGGCGCUCACAGAUAUGCCGCCGAGGGCUGAAGAGGAGUUGGAUCCAGUCACGCUGCACAAUCAAGCACUAAUGAACAUGGACAACCAGCCCACUGAAGGGUUUGAGAAGCUGCAGUUUCUUCUGCUGCAGAACCCCUGUCCGCCAGAAACUUUUGGAAACUUGCUACUCCUCUACUGCAAGCAUCAGUACUACGACCUGGCAGCUGAUGUGCUGGCAGAGAAUGCCCAUCUGACCUACAAACUGCUCACACCUUACUUGUACAACUUCUUGGAUGCCAUUAUUACUUGUCAAACUGCCCCUGAGGAGGCUUUCCACAAGCUUGAUGAUUCAGCAGGGACACUGACUGAGCAGCUGAGAAAACUCACGAAGCAGGUACAGGAAGCUAGGCAAAAUUGGGACGAUGAAGCUGUGAAAAAGGCAGUUAAUGAGUAUGAUGAGACUCUGGAUAAAUACGUACCUGUCUUGAUGGCCCAGGCAAAGAUCUACUGGGACAUGAAGAACUACACAAUGGUAGAAAAGAUUUUCCGCAAAUCAGUGGAGUUCUGUAACGAACACGAGGUGUGGAAGCUCAAUGUGGCUCACGUGCUCUUCAUGCAAGAGAACAAGUAUAAGGAGGCUAUUAGCUUCUAUGAGCCAAUAGUUAAAAAGCACUAUGACAAUAUUCUCCACGUCAGUGCCAUUGUGUUAGCUAACCUCUGCGUUUCCUACAUCCUGACGAGCCAGAAUGAAGACGCAGAGGAGCUGAUGAGGAAGAUCGAGAAGGGAGAAGAGCAGCUGUCCUAUAAUAAUCCUGAUAAAAAUAUCUACCACCUCUGCAUUGUCAAUCUAGUCAUUGGUACCCUUUACUGUGUGAAGGGAAACUACGACUUCGGUAUUUCAAGGGUCAUUAAAAGCCUGGAGCCAUAUAACAAAAAACUGAGCACCGAUACAUGGUAUUAUGCCAAACGGUGUUUCCUGUCCUUGCUGGAGAACAUGUCCAAGCACAUGAUCAUGCUACGUGACGGCGUUAUUCAAGAGUGCGUUCAGUUUCUGAAGCAAUGUGAGCUGUAUGGAAGAAACAUCCCAGCUGUCAUUGAGCAACCCCUUGAAGAGAAGAGGAUGCACAGUGGGAAAAAUACAGUUACCUACGAAGCCAGGCUUUUGAGGGCGCUGAUGUAUAAGAUCAUUGGGUGGACUGCGUAAAUGGUGUUCCUGUACAGUAGAAAUGAGAACUUUGUGGCUGUUCUUGUCUUAUGCUUUUGAGGUGAUGCUCACCCUGGUAGUCCAUAGUGGUAUGGGGGGGGGUGUUCUUGAUUGCUUACCUUUAGAGAUUUUGUCCUGUAUUUUGACAACGUUCAGUGGAAAAUAGAAUAUUUGCAUGAAAUUAACAUGCACCAAAUAACUAGAGGCAUUCUCAGUCAUCUGUCAGGUUAAAUACACCUUAAGAUGUGUUGACCAAGAACUUCAUUACAGAAAUAUCAUAGUUUUCACCUAUAGAAUAUUUUAUCCUUCUGAAAUUUUGAUCAAGCUUCUUUUCAUUGGUUGACAGUUGAAAAUAAUUUGUUAUCCAUCUCUUUUAGCACAGAAAUUGAAGAAACAGAGUUGGUUUAAUUCUCUAAUUUGUGCCUGUGUGUGAAAUGUUUUUCUUCUGCUUUUUCCAAGGUAUUUUUAACAUGUUACAGACCAUGUUGAUAGUAUAUUUAAACACAAAAAAUGGCUUUAUAAUAAAAAAUCAGCCCUGCAAACACCAACAUUGCCUUCUGCUAACUCAGUAAAAAUGCACGAGUGU